ACCCUAGCUAUACACCACUAGUCAUAAAAAGAAGAAGGGCUUCUUAGUUCUUACCCUAAGGGAAAAACAUAAACUGGUUUCUCAAAAUAACUCAAGUUUCCUUAUUUUGUAAGAAAGAAAUAGUAGAAAAAGGCAUAUAAUACUAAAAAGGUCAGUUUGUGAUAUGGGAAGAGGAAGGGUUGAGUUGAAGAGGAUCGAGAACAAGAUAAAUCGACAGGUUACCUUUUCUAAGAGAAGGAAUGGUCUGCUGAAGAAAGCUUAUGAGCUUUCCAUUCUCUGUGAUGCUGAGGUUGCUCUCAUCAUCUUCUCUAGCCCUGGCAAACUCUAUGAAUUUUCCAGCUCUAAUAGCAUUGGUACGACACUAGAGAGGUACAACAGGUGCACCUAUGGAGCAUUGGAGCCUGGUCAAACAGAAAUGGACACACAGAGCAACUACCAAGAAUAUUUGAAGCUCAAAGCAAAAGUUGAGUCCCUUCAACGUUCACAGAGACUUUUUCUGGGGGAAGAUUUAGGAGACCUGGGCUCUAAGGAACUGGAACAGCUUGAGCAUCAGUUGGACUUGUCAUUGAAGAAGAUCAGGUCGAUAAAGACGGAUAUUAUGGUUGAGCAACUUUCUGAACUUCAAAGAAAGGAAGAAAUGCUACUGGAAAAUAACAGAAUCCUGCGAAAGAAGUUGGAUGAACAUAGUUCCACAACAUGGGAGGCAUACAACCAGCAAGCUCCUCAGUCACAGGGAUUUCUGGAGCCCUUACAAGGCACCACUUCUCUGCACAUUGGUUACAAUAUCCAAGCUUUAUCAGAUCAGGCCACUGCUACAACUUCAGCACACAAUGGAUUCGUCCCCGAUUGGAUGCUUUGAUUGUUUUCAUAUUUCAAUAAAUAAGGAAAUUCUAACAUAUAUUUUGCUGUGUUUAACUGUUCUAUUAUCAAGUGUGCUUGAUGAUUUGGGGUGAAGCUUGUAAUAAUACGGAUUCAAACAUUAUUAUGAACUCUACAUGUUACUCGUAAU